CUGCUCUGACUCUGGUGAGAAACCAAGGUAGAGUGAGGCCAGAUCUCAAGUUCUUUUGCCGCCAGUUCGGAGCGCAUCAGUAAGGAAGGCCUCGUCGCCCGUAGAUGCCUCGUUCAACUUCUCGGCUCGUUGCACUGCUGUCGACCGCGGUGGCGAUAGCCAACGCUCAAGACAACCCGCCGUCAUAUUUAUGGACCCCCGUCUUGAAUACCACAUGCGUCAACUGUCCUGUACAGAUCACAAGCUCGCACAAUUGGGCGGACACACUCAAAAACAUCGGCAUUGGCGCGGCAAACCUGAGUACACCAGGGUGCACGAUUGGCGCCACCUAUGUGAAUGUCCAGUUCCCAGCCGUGCGAUCGUACUCAUGGAUUUCCACGGGAAGCUCCAUGCAGUGCAGAGUCAACUCGGCCAUCGUUCCUUGCGUCCCGACCAAAGAAAAAGUGUCCACGUCGCUAACGUUGACCAAGGCGCACUUGAUGACGCUGGUCAAGUCGCCAUCCAACACAUUCACGCUGUACAAUCUCACGAGUCCCAUGGCUUUCGACGUGUCGUACUACACACCAGGCGCCAUUUCCGUCAACAUGACAAACAUCUCAGCCGAAUGCCAGCUCCCCACCGGCGCCGGCGACGAGGCAUCGAUGAUUCCCGCCUUGUCGGUGCUUCAAGCCGUGGCACUCAAGUCAGGUCCUAUCAAACUCGUGGCUGGGGCCAUGAAUGUCACCGUCUCGUCCUCGUCCACCGCGCUAGGCACCGUCACGAACAUCACGCUCGACGUCAUUUCCACCGCGGCGAUUCCCCCCCUCGCGACCAUGACGCUGCUAUCUCAGAACGAACAGACCAACUUCAACCUCGCGUUCAACACGUCGACAGAUCGCAUAUUUGUCGUGGGGGCCAAGGGCGUCGUGGCGAUGCAGGCCGACUUUAACGUGUCCAGGGACGUCGAUCGCAUGUAUGGCCUCAGCUUUGAGUACCGCGGGACGGCCGCGAUUCCGCAGCGCAGUCGGUUCACAAUCGUGCUCACAAACGUAUCGAACCCGAGAUCGUUAGCAAACGCGCUAGAAGCUAUCAGUUUGUUCGUCAAAGACAAUCAGAACAAUGUGUUUGCGAGCGCUACCAACGUCUCGUUCGCUGGACCAGUGCCGCAGCGGUAUGCGACAUCGUUCAACCCGUACGACAUGACGUCCGCCGUGCUCUUUGGCGUGUCGCUGCUCGUGGCCCUCGUAGUAGUCAAGCAGCACGGCCUCGGCUUCACCACCACCACAUGCUGGACGGACCUCGUGUCCAUCUCGGUGGUGCUGUCACUCGCGUGCGGGCUUGGCGCCUAUGUCAUGUGGAUGGUGCACCCGUCGUCGGCGUUUGUGUUUAUGACGGCGCUCCAGUACUUCUUCAACACCAACAUGGUCGUGUCGCUGUGCUUCCACUGGGCGUCGGUCCUCCGCCUCCAGCUCUUCCGAAAGCUCACGAUCAAAUCCCCCGCGCUCUACUGGUACCUGUUCAUCCUCGCCGUGCUCAUGGGCUGCCUCCUCACAUGCCUCGUCAUCUUUUCGUCCACGUUGGGCUGUGUCUACACGGACGUCCGGACCGGGUCGCUUCGGCAAAAGUCACUGGACGCGGCCGCGCCCGCCGCCAACGGCAACGACGUGCUCGACUCGCUCGCCAUGUGCUCCAUGAAUGGGUACUACAUGCUCUUGGCGUUGGGGUUGAUUGUGUUUACCGUGUUCCUGAUCGCGCUGGGCGGCGCCGUGAUGAUCAAGGGGCGCAAACUCAUGCUGGACGACGCGCUGCCAAUCGAAGCCCAAGCCGCGAUGCGCAAGGCACUGACGAUUUUCUACGGCAUCAUCGCCAGCACGGUCGUGAUUUAUAUCAUUUCCGAAGUGAUUUACAUUGCGUCGUACAUCAUCUCCAAGCAGAUUGAACGAACGUUCAAAGACACGCAACGGGUGGUCGCCAGUGGCGUCAACGACGACCUGCGCGUGUCUACGGCCAUCUGGUACCUCUUCACCGUGUGGUUGCCGCAGUGCGGCCCGCCCGUGCUGCUCUUGUUUCUGCAUUAUGCGCCCAACAACCAAGACGACGAUCGCCGCACGUCGUUGGGCGACGUCCGCGGCGCCAAGCCGAGCCAGGACAUGAUCUCCACGCCCAUGUCCGAUCGCAUGGGAGACCUCACGCUCUUCAACGAGCACAACGUGACGCAGUCGCAUCGGCGGUUUCUCAACCGCACCGCCACGUUCUUGGAAGAUUCGGCCAACAAGCUGCACGUGAUUGUCAAGCUCAAAGUGCCCGAGGGCAGUUUGACGCGGCGGUGCUACAUCACCCUCGACUUUUGCACGCUCAAGAUGACGACGACGGCAACGACGACGACGGCGACGACCAUGACCAGCAGCAGCCACGCGUCGCUGUCGUCCAUGGCGAGUUGUGCCAGCACCGGCCAAGAGUGGAAGUUUGUCGAAGGCACCGAGCGCGUCCAGGCCCAGGAGGCGGAAGACCCGACGUUCCGCAGCUCCACACUCGGGAUGGUCAACGUCCCGUUCGUGGCCGUGCUGUCGGUGCCCGUGGCGGGCCUCGCUGCGCACACGCUGCUCCGGUUCAUCGUGCACGCCGAAGCCGAAGAGUCGGAGAGUGUGUUUGGUCCGAUUUUGGAGUUUGUGACCACCCCCCAGGCAGUGAUGGACGCCACGUCCAGCAGCCAGGCACUGGUGGUGCGCGCGGCGGACGAGAGCGAAGUGACGCUGCCCGAGCUGCUGGCCCCGCGCCACCCCCCUUCGAAUCCCCCCCCUCAAAGUGCGUUUGCGGCCAAAAUGCUCCUGACGUCGUCGGAACUGCAUGUGACCACGGUGCUCAUGGACAGCAUCGGGCCCGAAGCGCCGUUGAACCACCACAACAUGGGCAACAUCAUCCGGUUUUUCCAGUACGAGCCCGCGACCGGUGACGUCGGGCUCGUGGUGGAAGAUCUCAAGGAAUCGCGCUUCACCAACUUGAUUCCUCGGCAGUUUCUCGAGUGUUUGGCCGUGGAGAGGGCGGACGACGUGGACCAAGCGAAAUUGGAUCUGCAGGCGUUUCUAAGCGUCAAGAAGGAUCGCGUGGACGGCGGGUUCUACAACCAGAUCUUGCAGACAAUUCAAGAAGAAGGCGAGUACAACCUAACCAAGCUGUGGCUCGAAGAUCGGCUCGUGCGCCGCAAGGAGUACCUGUCCAAGCUGCGCAAGAACGUGCAGUUUCUAGUCCAGCGAGACAAGCAAAAGCUGUAUUUCAAGGCCAGUGUCGACAAAAAGACGGACGACCUCAAGUUUGUGCCUGUGAAUUUGGUAUGGAUUAUAUAUAUAUAUAUAAAUCUCAUGUGGUGUGUUGUUUUAUAUAUAUUUAGCAUGUGGAAGACAUGCUCGUGGGGCCGCAAGAAGCAUUUGUCAACGAAGCCAAGCUCCGAUCGUCGCAAGAAGUGCGCACAUAUGACUUUACGACUGUGGGGGCAAUGGCGGCGCACUGCUACAAGUUCAAACAAGGCGGACUCAUGACAUUGCAGGCCAAGCUGGCGAAACUGCAGGCCAAGCAAAACGCAACCGACUUGCCGUGGGACGAACAAUCGCGGCACAUCGACGACCUAUCGUGGGACAUUAGCAUGCGUCGCGAUGUGUGCAUUUCGCAGGCGUUGACGGCGGUCGUGGCCAGCUUUGUGCGCAAGGUCGAGAUGGCGGUGCAGCACCCUGAUCCGCACAUGGGCGAAGCGAUGUUGCUGCAGUGGAGUGAGAUUGGGUUCCUUUUCCAAGUCGAGUCACUGCUAAGCACCCACGGCAACGAGAUUGGGAUGAUUGAAGACAUGAGUGUGGCGCUGGACGCGCUGUCGAGGGUGUCGUUUCGACUGGUGGACACCAAGGACAAGCCGAAUAGCCGGUUCUCGUUCCGCAAGAAGGCGGUAACGUCCACGAGCGACGACGGCGUCGUGCAAAAGGUUCAAGUGACGGAAUUGCCCCAGCCCAGCCCGUACAAGUACACUGUGACCCUGCAAGUGCAAUGCGGCGAUUUUGACCUGCCGAAACGGUUGACCAGAGGCGGCCAAGUGGCGGUGUGCCCCGUGCUGUUUACCCAAGGCAUCAACGAAAUGCAAACCAUCGCCAACAACACGGAGCGAGCCAAGACGGAGCUCCAGGACGUGAUCAACAUGAAGUACCUCCGGCAGCUGGAAAGCUACGCCAAGGCGUACGGCCAGUGGGUGGCGCAGCAGGGCGUGCGAGGGGCGGUGGUGCCUGCGAGUCGGGAUGACGUGGACGUGCAUAAGCUGUUGGGGUCGCUGCGCGUGUCCAUCGAAGAAGCAGCCAACAGUCUGGUCAAGACAAAGCGCACGGAGAUCCUGACCAAGAGCUCCGACGUGAGUCGGCAGAUGGGCGGCGGCCGCGUGACCAUUUGCAAGAGCGCAAAGGACCGCACGGCCAUGUCCGUGACGCUCGAGCAGGGGCGUCUGCUGAUGAAGUACCACGGGAUGGGCCUCGACAAGUUUGCGCCCACGGUAUCUGCGAUGAGGUCCAAGGGCGUGCGCAUUGAAAACGCGCUCAAGAACACGGGCAAAAAGCAGUUUGCAUUCAACAAGCUGCAGCGCUACGCCAUGCCCGAGGACUACAGGUGUCCUGAAAACGUUGGCGGCGCAGGAAAUAUUAGUUAGGUGAAACGGAUACAGGGCAUAAUAUAAUAUAACGUUACUAGGAUAAUGGGAAAAGGCAAACUGGUGAUGGAUUGAUAUGUGGUGUUUGAAUAGUCAUGGGCAACCAAAUUGCACGAGGGGCGUCCUACUGCUGUAACGUUGUACGACCUGCAUAAUGGACUACGACCAAUCCGAGGUCGUGCAAUGUGGUGGUGGUU